GGCAUUUCUCGCGAGCUCGGUGCAGUGGCCGGCUCGUGCAGCUCCGCUGCGCCGUGUGUUAUCGGUUACGACACCAGCGCUACACACAGCCAUGGCCGCACUGCGCAGGCUUAUCCAUUCGCUCACCAACACCUCCAAAGUAGGAACUUUCGCGGCGGGGAGGCGGCAGACGCCUUCGAAGGCGACGAAAACGCUGAAAGCAGUCGCAGCGGGAGCGUGCGUCGCCGCCGCGGCUGGUGCCGCUUAUUACUGGUGCUCGUUUGCGGGUUGGCGCCCCGGACUCAAGAGCCAUGUCGAGGCUCGGCUCGUGCACCUGGCACUGCCGUCAGUCUCUGCCACCGAUAAGAAGAGAGGCUAUGGCCUGGAUGAUGGGGAUGUGUACAUGUCAUCCUAUGAAAACAGAUUCCGGCUGUUCAGCUCACUGGAGUAUGAGGGCCAGCUCUACAUGACUCCACUAAACUUCAUCGAGUCUGUCACUCUGAAUGAACCCAGGAGCAAGAGAGGAUGGAAGUCUCUCUCAAAAAAGGAAUUUGAGAAGAUGCUGUCUGAUACCCCACCUGCUUGGAAAGGAUCAUCUAAUUUGUUUAGAAAUCUUCGAGAACGAGGUGUCAUCAGUUACACAGAAUAUCUCUUCCUGCUCUGCAUUUUAACAAAGCCCCAUGCAGGCUUUCAGAUUGCUUUCAACAUGUUUGAUGCAGACGGUAACGAAAUGGUGGACAAAAGGGAGUUCUUGGCGUUGGAAGAGAUUUUCCGUAAGAAAAAGGAUAGAAAAGAAAUGACAGAGGACUUUCAAAACUUGGACCGACAAAACCUGCAACUUUACGGUCACCACAAAUCCCUGCCACACAGUGUUCUUAAAAAAGACGGUCAGCAUAUGGCGGCCCCAGGCAUGUGGGACGUUCUCAGACGUGGCACAAGUCAAGUACUGUUUUCUGAUCUGACUGAGAAUGCGGAUGAGGAAACAGACACAACAUUGUCAGUGCAUUUCUUUGGGAAAAGCGGCAAAGCAGAGCUGAAGUUUGAGGAUUUUUACAAGUUCAUGGACAACCUGCAGACGGAAGUGCUCGAAAUUGAGUUCCUGUCCUACUCCAAAGGCAUGCCUACCAUCAGUGAAGAGGACUUUGCGCAUAUCCUUCUUCGCUUCACAAACGUGGAAGAUGUCAACGCAUACUUAGAGAACGUGCGUCACAGCUUGCCGGAUGAAAAGGGAAUCACCUUUGAGGAGUUCAGGUCCUUCUUUCAGUUCCUGAACAACCUGGAGGAUUUUACCAUCGCCAUGCAAAUGUACAACUUUGCAAAUCGCUCUAUUGGUCAAGAGGAGUUCACCAGGGCUGUCUACGUGGCCACGGGAAUUAAGCUGACCAAGCACCUGGUCAACACCGUCUUCAAGAUUUUCGAUGAAGACCACGAUGGAACGGCUGCAUCGUGGCGACGUGGGCGUCAGAGCGGAGGAGAAGUUCAUCUCUUUCAAGUCCUGCAUGAGGAAGGAGCUUUCGAGCAAAUAAAUGAAGACCCCAAACACCAGAGCAUGUCUUAGAGCCUCCCAGCCUGGACCAGCUGUGCCUUCUCUGUCAGCACAGAGGAGCCCAUGCAUGCCGCAGAAACUUCGAACACUGCCUGAAGAGACUAAGACGAACAGGACGUGGCACAAACAGGAUGAAGUCAGCCUAAUGAAAGCUGUGGCAAGUGCUCAGACAAACAUGGCAAACCCAUUAUGAAUUAAAACAAUUUACUUGCUUAGUGUAAUUUGUGUCCAUGCUUUACAAAUGUUUACCUUGUUGUCUCUCUUUAUUUAUUUAAGGUAACGUAGAAGAUAUUAAAUCAUUUAGCUUUUGUCUAUAGAGCCAUUGUGUCUGGAGCCUGUCCCACUCCUGCUUUCCUCCUGAUGUCAGCUUAUUCCUGCACCGCCCCUCCUCAUUUUCAACCCAAAGUGUUUUACCCCUUAAAUCCUCCAGAGCCAGCAGGUACUCACACACUCAGUCUGUGGCGUUUUCACUGUUUAACCACGGGAAACCAACUGUGUUAAUCAUUUCUUGGCUGGUUGAUAGAAGUGCCAGCAGGACCGACUUCUGUACAGGUUGAUACACUGAAUAUUGAAGCCAUAUGUUUCUUUAACUGCUGAAUCACUCAGCUUAGAUUAUCAUAGGUUUUAAAGGAGCCAUAUGUUAGAACAACCAAUAAGAUGUUGGAAGAAGAAAUUUCCUGGUCGUUGAUGCGUCUCUGGGACUAUUUCUGCUUUGUCUAAAGACAUGAGAACAAUGAAAAUAUCAGUGUUCGAUAUGCUUUACGAUCAACCAGAUCAAGCAAUUGUAUCUCACCCUACUUUAUGUUGUUGUAUUAGAUAUUUGUCUACCUCGUUAUUUUAAAUCAGGCUUUGACUGUUACACUGGAAGUAGAUUAUAGGUGCAUUGAUACAGUGAACUGACUUUUAAAGCAUUUUGAUUCAUGGUCUUUUUGAGCUCUUUGUCUUAUACCUGCUUUCACGCAGACCAUUUAUUUCUCCCUUUUUUUGUUCUGAUCUCUGUUUCCAUGCACAACAGCUAAUAAAACUUGAACCUUUGUCACUUGCUCUUAAACA